AUGGCCGAGGCUAAGUGUCCUUUUAGCCAAAGCAGGUCUAACGCCAACGUUGCUGGUGGAGGCACCCGCAACACUGACUGGUGGCCUGAUCAGUUGAACCUGGGCAUUCUUCGCCAGCAUGCUCCGGCAUCCAACCCUUACGAGCGGGACUUCGACUACACCGCCGCUUUCAACAGCCUCGACUACUAUGCCGUCAAGAAAGACCUCCAUGCCUUGAUGACCGACUCGCAAGAUUGGUGGCCUGCUGAUUUCGGUCACUAUGGUGGCCUGUUCAUCCGCAUGGCCUGGCACAGUGCCGGUACCUACCGGGUCUUCGAUGGCCGCGGUGGUGGUGGUCAGGGUCAACAACGGUUCGCUCCUCUCAACAGCUGGCCUGACAAUGCUAGCUUGGACAAGGCUCGUCGCUUGCUGUGGCCCAUCAAGCAGAAGUACGGAGCAAAGAUUUCCUGGGCGGACUUGAUGCUGCUGGCCGGCAAUGUGGCCCUGGAGUCAAUGGGCUUCAAGACAUAUGGAUUUUCCGGUGGUCGUGCAGACACAUGGGAGGCAGAUGAGUCCGUCUACUGGGGAGGAGAGUCAACCUGGAUGGGUAACGACGUACGUUACUCUGAUGGCUUCCCGGGAGUCACCAAGCAUGGUGCGCUCUCUGGGGACGAACCACCCCAUCGCAACAUUCACACCCGCGACCUGGAGAAGCCGCUGGCUGCAUCGCACAUGGGUUUGAUCUACGUUAAUCCCGAGGGUCCCGAUGGCAACCCAGACCCGGUUGCCGCCGCCCGCGACAUCCGCACCACCUUCGGUCGCAUGGGAAUGAACGACGAAGAGACGGUCGCUCUGAUCGCUGGUGGCCACAGUUUUGGUAAGACACACGGUGCCGCUCCAUCUGAUAACGUCGAUGUUGAACCCGCUGCUGCUGGUCUCGAAAACCAAGGGUUGGGCUGGUCCAACCGCUACCAGUCCGGCAAAGGGCCACACGCCAUUACCAGCGGUAUCGAAGUGACCUGGACCAAGACUCCCACCAAGUGGAGUCAUGCGUUCCUCGAAUACUUGUUCCGUUUCGAUUGGGAACUCACCAAGAGUCCUGCGGGCGCCAACCAGUGGCAGGCCAAGAACACCGAGGCCAUCAUUCCCGAUGCCUAUGACCCCUCCAAGAAGCACCUCCCUAAGAUGCUGACAACCGAUUUGUCGCUCCGUUACGACCCCACCUACGAGAAGAUUUCCCGGCGCUUCUUGGAGAACCCUGACCAGUUCGCCGAUGCUUUCUCUCGCGCUUGGUUCAAGCUUCUCCACCGUGACAUGGGUCCCCGAACCCGGUACAUUGGGCCUGAGGCACCAACCGAGGAUCUGAUCUGGCAGGAUCCCAUCCCGGCUGUCAACCACACUCUGGUUGAUGCAAACGACAUCGCUGCUCUGAAGCGCGCUAUUCUCGACACUGGAUUGGACAAGUCCAAAUUCGUGUCCACCGCCUGGGCCUCCGCAUCCACCUUCCGUGGCACCGACAAGCGCGGCGGUGCGAACGGUGCCCGCAUCCGCCUGACACCCCAGCGCCAGUGGGAGGUCAACAACCAGCCAUGGUUGGAGGAGACUUUGUCCACGCUCGAGAAGAUCCAGAAGGACUUCAACGACCGGAAUUCCUCGACUGGAAAGAAGAUCUCCCUCGCCGAUCUCAUCGUCCUGGCUGGUUGCGCGGCUAUUGAAAAGGCUGCCCAAGAGGCCGGCCACUCCAUCACCGUUCCCUUCACCCCCGGCCGCAUGGACGCCAGUCAAGAGCAGACCGAGGUGGAAUCUUUCUCUCACCUCGAGCCUGUGGCUGAUGGAUUCCGCAACUAUGGAAAGUCCUCGUCUCGGGUGCGCGCUGAACACUAUCUCGUCGACAAGGCACACCUGUUGACGCUCACUGCGCCCGAGAUGACCGUCCUGGUGGGUGGCCUGCGCGUCCUGAACACCAACUACGAUGGAUCGAAGCAUGGUGUCUUCACCUCCACUCCCGGUCGCUUGACGAAUGAAUUCUUCACCAACGUCCUUGACAUGAACACGGCCUGGAAGGCUAAGGAUGGUGGUCGCGAUCUGUACGAGGGUACGGAUCGUAAGACGGGUCAGCCGAAGUGGACGGCGACACGGGCAGAUCUGGUCUUUGGCUCGCAUGCUGAGCUGCGCGCUCUGGCCGAGGUCUAUGGAAGCUCGGAUGGACAGGAAAAGUUUGUCAAGGACUUUGUUACCGCUUGGGAUAAGGUCAUGAAUCUGGAUCGCUUUGACCUGAAGACCUCGGGUAUUGCACGCUCCAAGCUGUGA